GUGGGGUCAACACGGCGCGGCGGUUGAGCCGGUGGGCGGCUCAGGCGGCUGACGCGGUUGCCCCUGACAUUCACAGUGGCUGGACUGAGGCGUGAGCCCCCGGCUGCGUGGCUGGGCCCCGUAGCGCGUCGUGGGAGGGGAGUGUGCGCCCACACAUGGUUUGGCCCUGCAGUGACCGGUGACCGGAGCAGCCCGGGCCGCCGCCAUGGUGAAGUUGUUGGUAGCCAAGAUCCUGUGCAUGGUGGGCGUGUUCUUCUUCAUGCUGCUGGGCUCCCUGCUCCCUGUGAAGAUCAUCGAGACGGAUUUUGAGAAGGCCCAUCGUUCGAAAAAGAUCCUCUCACUCUGCAACACCUUUGGAGGCGGGGUCUUUCUGGCCACGUGCUUCAAUGCUUUACUGCCAGCCGUGAGGGAAAAGCUCCAGAAAGUCCUGAGUCUUGGGCACAUCAGCACCGACUACCCACUGGCCGAGACCAUCAUGCUGCUGGGCUUCUUCAUGACCGUCUUCCUGGAGCAGCUUGUCCUGACCUUCCGCAAGGAGAGACCGGCCUUUAUCGACCUGGAGACGUUCAACGCCAGCUCAGACGUGGGCAGCGACUCAGAGUACGAGAGCCCCUUCAUGGGUGGCUCGCGGGGCCAUGCGCUCUACGGGGAGCCCCACACGCAUAGCCAUGGACUGAGUGUCCAGGAGCUGUCGCGCUCCAGCCCAUUGCGUCUCCUCAGCCUGGCGUUUGCCUUGUCGGCCCACUCGGUCUUCGAGGGCCUGGCCCUGGGCCUGCAGGAGGAGGGGGAGAAGGUGGUGAGCCUGUUCGUGGGGGUGGCCAUCCACGAGACGCUGGUGGCCGUGGCCCUGGGCAUCAGCAUGGCCAGGAGCGCCAUGGCCCUGAGGGACGCUGCCAAGCUGGCUGUCACCGUGAGCGCCAUGAUCCCCCUGGGCAUCAGCCUUGGCCUGGGCAUCGAGCGUGCCCAGGGCGUGCCCAGCAGCGUGGCCUCUGUGCUGCUUCAGGGCCUGGCGGGCGGCACGUUCCUCUUCGUCACUUUCUUUGAGAUCCUGGCCAGGGAGCUGGGGGAGAGGAGCGACCGGCUGCUCAGGGUCCUCGUCCUGGUGCUGGGCUACGCCGCGCCGGCAGGCAUGGUGCUCCUCAGGGGCUGA